AUGUUAACAACGGGAUUAUGUGUGUUUCUGAAGGUGCUGGCGCUGGCGGGAAGCGUCUCGGCGCUUCUGCCGGAAGACCUCGAGAAUGGGGCUGCUCCUGCCAACCUGCAGGAAGAGUGCGCCUCCAAGUGUCCCGAUCUCGACUUGAAUCAGAAUCGAACGGACGACUCGAGCUCGGAGGUGGGCUGUGGCGUGAGAUGCAAGAUCGAUCAGUGCACAAAAGGCUGCGGAGCGUGGCAACGAGCACUCGACACGAGCUGUCAAGCCGUCUGCAACGGAACGCAAGAGCUAUUACCGCCCAAAGAAUUAUACUGUGUUCUGGGAUGUCACGACGCGUUGAAUCGCUACUUCCAACAAUUAAAAGCGGAAAUAGGUGAUCCACCAGCGCCAGCUCUGGUAGCGGAUUCCUUGACCGCGACAUCCUUGCGACUCGAAUGGAAGGGAAUCGACAUCGAAAGGCGAGGCGGUGGUAUUUCGUACUUGGUACAGUGGAGAUACGAGGAACUGGCUGAAACAUGGCAAUAUUGCAGGAACCAAUCGUGGGGCGAGGACGAUCAGAUCCUGGUGGAGAACUUGCAACCGUACACGAAAUACAGGUUUCGCGUAGCGUUGCUAUUGAAAUCGUCGCAGCACAACCCCGAGCCAAUCGUCUCCGCUCCAAGCGUCGUGAUACGAACGUUGGCUGCCGGUUUACCAACCUCAGCACCGGUAAUAGUAAGAGCGGCGGUGGUAGACAGCUGCCGCGUCUCUGUGUCUUGGGAACCUGGCCCUUUUCCGAAUGGGCCACUUUUGUCUUAUGUCCUGCGUCUGCAAGGGGCUGACCACUCCCAGCUUAAGGAUAUACCAGCGUCGGAAAACACGGAUCAUUACAUGUUUCAAAAUCUCGAGCCGAACAAGAAUUAUUCCAUAAGCGUCACCAUGAGGAACGGUGUCGGCGAGGGUCCUCCCGCUGUCAUCUACAUCACGACCACUCCAGAGCCAGCUGCGAAAGACACCCAACAACCCAUCCUGAUUCUCGGAGGGCAGCACGUAGUGAUGAAGCAGGACGCUGACAUGUUGGACGAUCCUAGCGUAAUUUACGAGAACACUAGCACGAUUCGUGGCGUGGCGAUUCACGUCGCCUCCGCUCAGCUGUUCGUUUCCGAUUCCUUGGGAUACGUGUACAGAACGCCCAUCUUGAAACGCGCGACGCCAACGGUGAUACUCAGCCCUAGCAAAAUGAACUUCAAGCCCCUGAGUCUGUCGGUCGAUUGGUUGAACCUUCACUUGUACAUCCUGGGCGAGGUGAAGCACGCAACGACCACGCAUCACGUUUGGCAGAUAGCCAGGUGCAAUUUGGACGGAAGGAGUUUGACUGUGGCCGUGGCUGGAUUCCUAACGCGACCUUCUCACAUCGAGGUGGACCCCUACAAUGGAUAUCUGUUCUGGGUCACCAGAGGUGGACUGUACAGACUGGAUCUGGCUGAUAUUAGCAAUGGGGUGAAGCAUGAGGUGCAGCCGUAUUUGAUCCUAGAGGACGCCGAUUUAGGCGCCUUCGCCGUCGACCACACAAACUUUCGCUUACUGGUUCCUCACCACACCCAGAACACCGUCAUGUCCGUUUCCCUGGAUGGUCGCGAGGUCUUGGACUUCCGCGCGAACACGCAGCAACCGAAGUUCAAGAACGUGGUCUCCCUGGCCAUGGCGAACGGGUUGUUCUAUUGGACGAACGGGGAAGAGGUUCUGAUAGAAGGCUACCAUUCGGGACAGAACAGAUACUUCCACAAUGCCUAUCCCGAUAGGUCGAACGGUUCAUUUGUCAGUGUCAAUGUACUUAUGGACGCCAGCCAGCCUGUCCCCGUCCCGGUGAAUCCUCCCACGGGCGUUCAAGCGGUUUUGGGCGUGGAGAGGGCAAAAGUUUCCUGGCAGGCGCCUCAUCUGUUGGGUGGGCAGGGCAAGGGCGCCUGGCAGAAUUGGUCCUACGAAUUGGAGAUCAAAGACGAGUCUACUGGGGAGACGAUUCAUCAGAAAGAUAUUGCUGGAUCGUCUCACACUGUGCACAAUCUUCGACAGAAAUCGGAAUACUCGAUCAAAGCUGCUGCCUACACCAGCGCUGGCAGAGGGCCCUGGUCCACGGAGUUCAGGGGACGGACCUUGCGACUCGGAUCGCGCACGUCCAUCUUCUGGUCCGCGAACGAAGGUCUCUUGAGCAGCGACGUAACUGGAGAGAACAUUAACACCCUAAUCUACAAAGCUAAUCUAAAAGAAGCAGAUAACGACUACCACAUAGUCGACGUGAGCUGGUACAAGGACACCCUCUACAUUGUGGGGAAUAACUCUGCCUUGUAUCAGUACAGUAUUAAAACUCAACAGAAAACGAAGAUGAACAUAAACUCUGUUGGGAGCGUCGCCGUCGAUUGGUUGUCGAAGAAGCUGUACUGGGCAAAUCCUAAGCAACAAAUUAUAACACGAGCAAAUUUAAAUGGAUCUCAUCAAGAGCCCAUGUCAAUUCUAGCCAUUGUCAAAGAACUGAUGAUCGAUUCUUUGGAGGCGUAUUUGUAUUGGUCUACGGGACACGCUGUGGAAGUGGCUCGUUUAAAUGGACAGGAUAGAAGGUACUAUCAUUCAGAUGAAAUAUUCAAUGGAAAGCAAGUGAUGGGGUUGACUCUGGACACGGAGAACAGAUACGUUUACUGGAUCGUCCGCAGCUACGAGAGUGGAUCUAUCGUCUAUCGCGCGCCAACGUCUGAGAGGAUUCCGAUGAGUCACAAGAUUGUACCUGAAAAGGUCUCAGCUCUGCAGCACCCAAACAUGCAGGGACCGCUGUGUUAUUUCUCGGAACACCUCCUGUGGCUUCAAGACGACAGAAAUGCAGUGAUAGGGGACUUAUCUGGCCAAAACACCGCCAUAAUAAACGGUAUCACUCUGUCGGGCCUCCACAUGGUCGCCGUGAGGGAUCCAGCGCUUCAUCAGUACCCGAAGAAUCUCACGUCGACAACUGUGGUAGUUUUGCCGAACGCGGUCAACUAUAGCAGUAUCAGGGUCGAGGGAACCUGGAAGAACUUCAACAUAUCCUGGGACCCCGUGGAGAACAUCAACUACGGCACUGUGUUCUACGAAGUGAAAUUCGCUGAUUACAUCAACACCAACUCGAACCCAGAGAUCACGACGGAGACCUCGAUGCCUUACAACAACUCCGAGCAGAUCCUGCCGUACUCUGUCCUAGAAGUGACCGUGAAAGCGUUCACGUAUUGGGAAACGGCGCAUCACACGAGGAGGACCUUGAGAUCUCCGCAGAGCGUGCCCAGCGAGCCGAUCAAUCCUAGGGCGUUCAUAGAAUUUCACAAAGAGCCUCUCAGCGAGAGUGUUGACAUAUUCGCGAUAUUCAGAUGGGACCAACCGGAGUUCACCAACGGUUUGAUCAUAGGCUACACAGUUCAGUGCUGGUUCGUAGAGAAGAACGAGGAGAUCCAGAUCUGCGAUCAGUCGCUGAUUACAGACAAAUUGGAGCACACCGUGCACGAUCUACUGCCGAACACGACGUACUACUUUCAAGUUCUAGGUCAGACGGAAAUUGGCCCUGGCCCGUACACAAAGGUGAUCAACGUGUCAACGAUCUACGAGAACCCAGUGCCUCAACUGUUGGUCGCUACAAUGGACGCCGUAAAGAUCACCGACUUGGACCAGGAGAAGAACGACACUAUCACUCGACACAUCGCUGUCGAGGUCACUUAUCUGGCCGCUGAGAACAAACUUUACUGGAUAAACGAAAUGCAAGAGCUGGUGACGUCCGACCUGUCAGGGGCGAACGCCACGAAGAUCCUUACGCUGAACAACACCGCUCUUAGUAUAACUGUCGAUUGGGUAGCGAGGAAUCUGUACUGGUCAGAGUCAGUCUAUGGCGAGAACGGUGGCCAAAUUGUCAAACUGGAUCUGACCAUGUGGCAAACUGGAAUCGUCAAACACGAGGUCAUCGUUACGUCCAACAGACGCAUCCUAAAUCUGGACGUAUUCCCGUCCACUGGAUCGCUAUACUGGAUAGAGCUGACGAAAAACGACCGUGGCGUGAUUAUGCAGUCAGACUUGAAUGGAAAAGCGAUCGAACCCUUCUUCAACCACACAGACAAUUGCUCUUGCCCCUACAGCUCGUCAGUGAUCCCUGUGAUGACGAUCGACAGUACCACGUAUCAGAAGCCUGUGAUGUACUGGCUCUCCCUGGAAGGCCACUUGAACAUCGCCGACAUCAACGGCUGCACGUGUAGCUUGGUAAUGAGUGCAGACGUUAUCAAAGGCCUGCCAACGUCUCUAACCGUCGACAAGAUGAACGUAUACUGGUCGAAUUCCGAGGACGCUUUGAUUUACUACACAAACAAAGAGUAUUCCGACGAAGCGGAGAUUCAACGCUUCUACCUGCCAGACGUGCGCAGCGUUAAGGCCUUUGGGAAGUCUCUGCAACCCUAUCCACCAGCGAACUGUUUGAUCCCUCGUCAGAAGUCCUACCCGAUACAUGCCAGAAGAACAGGACACGGUAUCACCGUUACGCUUCCUCAGCCUAUUCCCCACAGUGGCUGCAAAAGAUACAACCUACCAACGACCCUUUACACGAUAUACGUGUCCCAGUGCUCGGAAAAGAACACCGAAGUGUGCGAAGACAGCGAUAAAACCUUGUUGCAGACCUAUGAAAAAGAGUACAGAAUUAGAGACUUGAAACCUUUCACGCAAUACAAAGUGAAGCUGGCGUUGACCAACUACUACGCCGAUCUGGAGUCCAUGGCGUUGGAGUUCGGUGCUGAAGUUAUCCUGAGGACUAGAGCUGGCGUUCCUACCGCCCCAGAAAACGUCACCGUCGAAGCUCUGACGCCAACUUUGGCUGUCGUCUAUUGGAUGCCACCUAAAACACUGAACUCCGAGGCGGUUCGGUACGAGGUGCACUGGAAAUUAAAUCGACUGAUAAACGGCGCACGACAGAAGGGCGAGCAGUUGAUAAAGGUGCCAGAACGCACCGCGGAGGAUGGCAGAUUUUUCACGAUGUUGGAGCCCUGGUUACCUGGCGAGGAAUACGUGGUGUUCGUUCGUGCCUAUCCUUCCGUUUCGGAGUCGAGUCUCGACGCCUACAGCGAGGCUCCUGGUCGAGUGGUUAAAAUGUACCCAGAACCUCAUAAUCUGACGCUAACGGGUGUCAACGUGAACAGUUUGAACGUGUCCUGGGUACCAACCGUCAACCUGACGGUCGAGCAUACUUUACAGUACAAAGACGUCGCCAUGGAAGGCUGGCUGAUCGCGAACGAAUCCAAAGUGGACAAACAAGUGACGUACUUCAUUCGCAGACUGCAACCGCGUACUUUGUACAAAUUUCGUUUAAUAUUAAGGUAUCCAAGCUACAAGAAGGACUUUGUGUGGCCCACUGAUGGGAGGUUCACGUUUCAAACGCUGGGUGAUGUACCCAGUGCUCCAGGAAUGCCUACGGUAACAAAACUUCGCAAUUCCGUGUACCAAUUGAACUGGGAGCCCGCGCAAGCCCAUGGUUCGCAGAUUACCUUGUAUCGCGUUGAGGGGAUGAAAAUAAACGAGAUCCACGAACAAAUUGACCCCAACGAGAACUCCAGCUGGAAGUUGUUUUACAAUGGAACGGAUAACUAUUGGAUAAUCACGGGGGAUAUGGACGACAAAUAUAGGUUCCGCGUUCAGGCUAGAAACGCGUACGGAUUUGGAGCUUGGAGCAGAUCCAGCUUGAUCGUCGAUUUGGCGGAAACAACUGGAGGGAUACUGGCCGCCCAACAACACCUUGGAUUGGUGUUAGGGCUCAGCGUUCCUGUUAUUAUCAUUAUGCUCAUUUGCUUCUGCUACUUUCUUUGCCCAGUGUAUCGGCAGCGCAAGGAAGACAAAAAGGCAGUUCUGCCACCCUUGGUGAGCGAUGUGGAGUUAGCUACGCUUCAGGAGAUCCCGCGAGGAAAUUUCGUCCAGUCCAACGCUCUUUACGCGUCCACCUUGCAAAACGAUUCCGAUGAUUCUACGCUUCCUAAAAUUAGAAGGGAACAAAUAACGUUGGCUAAAUUCUUAGGCUGCGGGGCCUUCGGAGAGGUGUUUCAAGGGAAUGCAAAAAACCUGGAGAGACCAGGAAUUACACCAGUAGCAAUAAAAACACUCCGAAAGGGGGCAUCGGCGCAAGAGAAAACGGAGUUCCUCCAAGAAGCUAGGCUCAUGAGCCACUUCAGGCACAAACAUGUGCUUAGACUUCUCGGAGUAUGCUUAGAUACCGAUCCGCCGCUAUUAGUAUUGGAGCUGAUGGAAGCUGGAGAUUUAUUGAGCUAUUUAAGAGCGAGUCGAUCAUUGCAACCCACGGAUCCACACGCCCUGCGCCUGCAAGACCUACUCGCUAUGUGCGAAGACGUAGCAAGAGGAUGUCGUUACCUAGAGGAGCUCCAUUUUGUACAUAGAGAUCUCGCGUGCAGAAACUGUUUGGUGUCUGCUAGAGAUAGGGAGAACCGUGUCGUUAAGAUUGGUGACUUUGGCCUUGCGAGGGAUAUAUAUAAGAAUGAUUAUUAUAGAAAGAUAGGGGAAGGAAUGCUGCCAGUUCGUUGGAUGGCCCCUGAAUCCUUAGUAGACGGCGUGUUCACGUCGCAGAGCGAUGUCUGGGCUUUCGGUGUAUUAAUGUGGGAGAUCACGUCCUUGGGACAACAACCAUAUCCUGCUAGAACGAAUCUUGAAGUGUUACACCAUGUACGCGCCGGUGGACGUUUACCAAAACCACUCAACUGUCCUCCAGCUUUGCAUCAGUUGAUGUUACGUUGUUGGAGUCCUGCCGAUUCCAGGCCGAGUUUCAAAGUAUGCCUGGAGAACAUAGUUAGUCAUCGAAGCACGAUAGAGGACGCACCAUUGAGUCCAGUACACGCUGGCCACUAUUUAGCUAGACGAGGCGUGUCUAACAUGGCUUACUUUGCUGACGAGAAUCAAAAUCAUAAUAAUUCAGGGAACUCGUGGAAAUCCAGCAGCUCGGAGGGUAGUCGAGACAUGCAGCCAUUCCUGCAGAAUUCUCAUAACGCGGCGCAAUCGAGCGAAGUACCGAAAUAUUUGGAAUUGUUAGCUGAUAACGAAGAAAUUAUUUUAAGGGAGAAUUCGACGAGCGGAUACGAAGUACCUCGAUCGAUUCAUAUUUCCGAUCAGAAUUUAGGCAGUGUAAACAAAGUGAAUACAAAUCCCGAUUUAAAGGAUAACGUGAAUUCCGAGAAUUCGCAAGAACAAAAAGAUUCGUUGACCGACGAUAAAGAACAAUCGGAUAAACGAUGCGAUAAGAGGUCUUCGGUAUCCAGUUUGAAUUUGCCUGAGCGUAAGAGAGCAUCGAUCACGAGCAUGACUGAGAAAUGUAACACGUUGGAUAGCUCGAAAUUGACCAAUCCUACGAUUAAAACGAUUUUAAAGAGAGAUUCGUUUACAUCGUUGACCGAUCAUCGAAGAAACAAAAGGAACACGACCGACCGACGAGGAUCCGAAUUAAGUUUAGAGGGUAGAAGUUCCGGCUCCCUCGGCUCAAAUGUUAGUUUAGCACCACCUACUAGACCCAGUUCGUCAUUAAUUAGUUCGCAAAAUGUUCUUCCAUUGAAGAACAGUGUUAUGGGUGGUACAGGGGAAACGACGUUGAGCGACACCAGCGUCGCGAAAAGCACAUUGCCGAAAAUUCAAAGGACUCAUUCUAAUUUACAAAACGGUAAAGCAAAUAUUCCAUUGGUGAUAAAUAGUGCGUUAUUGAAUUUGUUAAGGCAAACCCCGGUCGUCGAGGAUAGCAACAAUAUUGUUACGUACACGAAUAUCAGUACAGACGCCGUUAGGGUAAACGGCUCGUGAAGCUAUCAUUGUUAAAGGUGAAGAGAAUCAAGUCAUUUUAACAGUCAUAUCAUUAAAACACAAUUAAUUUCGGUUACGACUAUACUGAAACUGAAAAUGCGUGUGAAGUUCCAUAGCUUUAAACUGCCAUAUCAAUGUAUGUACAUAUAUAUGUCGAUUUUUAAUACCUGAAAUUUACUUUACGUAAAUCGUGGCAGAAAGUUUUUAAUUGUAUCUGUAUUAGUUGAUAAUUAUGGACUUGCCUUUAGCAUCUAAGAAACGAGAAUAGUUGGUAGAGUAUUAUACCGGGAUUAGAUUAAUCCGCGAUAAUUUUAUACCUGUUAUUCGAAGAUAAUGUAUUUAUUUAAUGACCCAAAAGUAUGAUUAGUCUCACUGUUCAUUGUACAAAUUUCAUAUUUGACGAUAACGUAAGGUACGAUAUCGAAAUUAAUAUUCAUGUUACAUAAGGAUUUGUUAAGUUUUAUAUGUAAAUUUAGCGAUUCUUAUUGAAAUGGUACAAUUUAAGAAUAAAAGGUUUCAAUUAUGAAUUGCAUGAAUGGACUGAUAUAAUGCUUGGAACUUAUACUUUCGAGCUUCGCUAUUAAUGGA